CCAAAAAAAUAAAAAUCUUUCAUCUUCCUUAUUCGCUAAUUCAUUUCCUUUUAUUGGUAAUCAAACUUCACACACAAAUCGCAUUCGAAACCCCAACCAAACCAUUCUCUCCCUGCUCUGCUCAACUCUCUCUCUAAUCAGAUAAUGACAACUGACAUGCAGAAUCUCGACUCCACCACCGUCACUGGCGUCCCAGACACCAAACCCGCGCCUCCUUCUCCUGCUAAGCCGGAUCCGCCGGAGGUCACCUCACCUACCUCCACUUCCGAGAACAAGGAUGCCACUGAUUCCAAGGCCUCCACUCAGGUCGUCAGCGCCGUCUCUGCUGUCUCCGAUACGGAGAAAAAGAUCCGCCGUGCUGAGCGCUUUGGAAUUAAUGUCCAGUUAUCGGAGCAAGAGAAACGAUCUUCUCGUGCUGAAAGGUUUGGAACUGCUUCUGCUGGAACUGCUUCUACUGGAGCUGCUUCUACCGGAACUGGUUCUUCUGGAAAUGGUUCUGCUGUAAAGAGCGCAGAGGAGCUGAAGAGGAAGGCUCGAGCUGAGCGGUUCGGAAUGCCUGUGACCACUGAUGAUGAGGCAAAGAAAAAAGCUCGACUUCAAAGAUUUGCUUCAACUCCAAAAAAGGAUGCAACAGAAGAAAAAACUGCAGGAAUCGAUAUGAGGCCUUCACAGCCUUCAUCGGACUCUCUAUUGAUGAAUAGCAAAGGAAAUAUUGAACCAGCAGCAAUUGCGGGCAAAGCUGGUGGAGGUACCUAAAAACAGUUUGCUUUGAAAUAAAUUUUAGGUCUAGGGUUCUAACUUUUGACAAGUCUGCGGCUUCUAUCCAUGUGUCUUGUUUACACCUUGACUUUCCAGAUGCGUCUCAGGUAGAUGGUAGUCUAAAGCCAUUAAACAAGAUUCUAGCAGUAUUAAGAGGAUCUCUUGGUUUUCUGUAUGACUUCUAAUAUCAGUUUACUUUGUGAGGCCUAAAGGAAUCAACAACUCCCAUAGUUUGUUAACUCAUUAUAUAAUCUAGUAGAAAUCAGAUAUUUUGUAUUUGAAAUCUAGGGUUUAGUGCUGUGCAGAAACUCUGUAAUGAUUGGCUCUUAUUUGGUGAAUUUUCUGUCACAAGGAUGUGGUCUGUGCCUCACUAUCUUGGCUGUACAGCUUUUCUCUCAUGAUCCUCCACAAAACAGCAAUAUUAAGUAGACAUUCUGAUUAGCAUUAUCUGAUUCAAGAACUCGUUAUUUCAUUCCAUCAGAAAAUGGAAAAGCUUAUAGUUAAGUUGCUGAAGGGGUAAAAAUACAAAUUGCUUUAAAAAUAAUAUUUUGUUCUGAUUGAUAGAAGCAUGCAUCUAGGGCCAUUUGUCGAAGGCAUUAUGUAAAAUAGCGAUGGUCAUGCUUGAAGCCUACAACUGAAGCAAGUAGUAUUUAUAGUAGGAAGGUUUGUCACAUUUACACUGGAUGUUUGUUUAUUUUAGCUGCAGCCUUUAAGGUCAACUUAACUAUAGCUUUUCAAUUUUUUUUCUUGUUUUCGUUUUGGUCUCGAACUGCAUGUCAUUUCUUUUAAGUCUUAGGUUCUCAUGUUGAUUUGGAAACUCGUAGUGUAGAAAUGUUGUUUUAGAUUGGGAUUCGACAAAAGAAUGUCUCGCUUAAUGCUGCUGUUUUGAGUUUGAUCAUGAGGUGCUUGUCUGGAGUUAGCUUGGUCAAGAUACAUACAUCUAAGGUAAGGUUGUCAGUAUGCUUUUUUAAUAGUAAUCGAUCAUCAAAAGUGGAAUUUAAAAAAUAGUUUUAGUUUAUUGCUUCAGAACUUCUAAUAAGUCUUUCUGAUUCGGAGUAGUUAACAAUGCAAAAGGCGGUGUUGAUUUCUUUUUGGCCUCACAGUAAAUUGCUGGGCUGCAAGGUAGGGUUAUGGGGAUAGUACUAUUUUGAUAAAUCUGGAUAUCAGUUUUUGUAAUUUUGUUUGAAUUGAUUUUGGCUACCAUUAAGAAACGCAAGAUCUGGGAAUCUCGAUGUAAUGUUUAUCAAACUCCCUUUUACUAUUUUUAUAUGGAAUGAAGAACAGUGCUUUUAUUUUGUGAA